UCAGAAGCAUUGGAAGUCACUUGUGGACAGGAACUCGCCUCGUUCGGACUUACGCUCGUUCUUCCGGUUACAAUCUAAAAAAUCUAAUUUCAAAAGUGAUGAGAAACUCUUCAAGGAGGAUGUGUGAUAUGGUGUGAUGUGCUAACCCUAGUGAAUCCAUAACCAAAAAAUUCUAAGGGUGACCCACAGGACUACUUUGAACAGGAGCGGAUUUGUUUGAAGCGGUUACCGACGGAUUGUGCUGAGACUAAACGUGAAAAAAAGUGUUGGUUCAUUCAUCUCAAGGUGGUUUCUAGUUGAUAUGCUCUGCGCGGAUUUUGAGACUGGUGAAGAGUGUGUGUAAUCAACUUUUCUGGGAUUUUAAUGUCGAAGGAUCCACGCAAGCUUCAUGGACGUUAAGGUCAUUGGGAGAGAACCGGCAUCCACUACAGUGAAUCCAAAGAUCGGUCACUUUCAAACACACAGCAGUGAGGCUCAAACUGAGAUUGCAUCAUCGCUAUUGAUCGAUCAAUCAGAAGAAUCGCAUCCCUGUCCAGCUUGCCCCUCAAUCCUCCCAACAGUUCGGGACUUGACAAACCAUCUGCGAAACCAUAAUUCACCACGAAGUAUCGACUGCAGCAUCGACGAAGAAUUCAGCUGCAGAGUAUGUUACAAAGUACUAAGUUCGGCCAGUUCCCUAGACCGUCACGUUCUCGUGCAUUCCGGUGAGCGGCCCUUCAAAUGUAAACAGUGCGACAUGGCUUUCACCACCAACGGAAACAUGACGAGACACUCGAAAACAGCUCACAAUCAUCUCUCGCCAAACAGCUGCUCGGAUUCUGAGGCCAGCAAUGAUUCAGAAUCGCCCUCCAAAAAAUUCGAGGAGUACAAUAAUAACGAAAUUGCCAAACGCAACUCGCCUGACCUCAUCGACAAAUUAGAGUCUCCCACUUUCAUCAAGAAGAGAAAAUCCCUCGACUACACAGAGGAUCUUAGCUUGCAAAAAAAAUUCAAAACAAACUCAGACAACCAGAACUACAACUGUCAUUCUGAUUUCGAGAAAUGCGAACCCGACAAUUUGUCAUUCAAAAACCACAGGGUUCUGAAUCUUCAUCGAUCAGAGAACAAUUUUAACGAAAAUUCACUCAGGAAUGUGACGAGGACCUUGAGACAUUCGGUUGAAGGGUUUAGAGACCUAACAUUCGUCGACUUCACAUCGACAAAGUACCCUGUCAUUGCGAGGGCGAAAUGUGAAGAGUUUCUCCAUCGACCAACAUCCGGGGACAUGGCGAAGUUCCAGUGUUCGAAGUGCCUCCGGGCUUUCCCUUGUAAGUCAGCAUUGGAGUCUCAUGAACUGGACUGUGGACUUCCGAAUAUUCAAUGGAAGGGUAGUGACGUUCAAUCCAGAAGGGAUGAUUUUUUUGCAGGACUCAAUCUACAAAACAAGGCAGCCAUGACUGAAGCUAAAGAGGGAAAAGACCUCGCUGAUAUACAGAGCAUAAUUAGCCUCACCUCGAGUCCGAUCCUUCACAACUUUUCCAGAUCCGAUGCAAGCACUCCCGACAAUUGCAGUAACAAAGUCAACCAAAAUGUUGGAUCUUCUGGAUCAUCAGGAACCCUUUCUUCAGAAUACCAUGAAGAAGAAACACAAGAUGCUUUUGCAGCCGAAUUCAGAAAAAUGAAGCUCAAGGGCGAGUUUCCUUGUAAACUUUGCAAGGAAAUCUUUCCCAACUUGAGAGCCUUGAAAGGCCACAAUAGAACCCAUUUGGGUGUUGGACCUGGGAUGCCUUAUCCAUGUAACAUCUGUCCUUAUACGAGUACUGACAAGACAACCCUUACGAGGCAUCUGAAGACACACAAUGGUGAUAGACCCUUCGAGUGUGCUGAGUGCGGCUACGCCUUUACGACAAAGGCCAACUGCGAGAGGCACGUGAGGAAUCGACAUGGAAUUCAUGACAAAAAUGAUGUUCAGAAGAUGAUCAUUUAUCACCCAACUGAGGACUCUACGAACGAAAGUUUGGACAGGACAUCAUCGAGAACUGUAAAAGAUGAAGUAAGAAAGGCUCUCGUUUACCCCAAAGAAGAACCGCUUCCACAGAACCAUUACUCUGUUAUGAUGCAACCAGACAUUAGAAUAAAGGAGGAAAGCAAGGUCAUUAAAGAGAUGAGUCCCAUAAGUCAGCUUAACCAAAUUAAUCAGCUGAGCCAACUUAACCAGCUGAGCCACAUAAGCCAAAUUAAUCAAAUAAACCAAAUGAACCAGAUCAACCUUCAGAUGAACCACUACGAGAAAUCCGAGGUUUUUCCCAGGCCAAAAUCAGUUCAGCCUCUCGAGUUGACCUACAGAACUUCCCCCCAACAUCUAAUCAUGAAGUCUGAAAAUUCUAGGAUAGAUGAGGAUCUCGAGUCAAGGUCAUCGGAGGACAGCGUCUCUCUAGUCAGUGAAGCCAAACCGGACAUACACCAAAGAAUACAAGCUAGCCCGAUGAACUUGAAGAAGGUCACGAAUGAUUCCUCCAACGUGACUUCGAGCGACGAUGGGCCCCUGGAUCUCUCGAUGGAUGUUCUUGACCUGAGCAAAAAAUCCAAACAAAAACCAGAAAUAAACGAAAAUUCUGAUGAACAGAAUGAAAACCAAAAGGACUUUUACAACGCUACGAAUCCUCUCUUGCUGACGCGAGCUUUAUUGAAAUCUCGUCAAGUUUCCCCUCCAACUUCUUUGGAAGCUUUGUAUGCCAACGCACAUGCGAACAUGAUCUACAAUAAUUUGGCAUUAGGAUCAGCCGGUGCAGGACUGAUAGCACCUUAUUUCUUCAAUCCACUGUUUGAUCAAGGUUACGCGAUGAAAGAAAGAUUACAAAAGGAACUGGCUAGAGGGCUGCAAACUAGUGGUGGAACUUUGGUCGAACAGCCACUUGAAAAUACAGGAUUUAAUGCCAGCUAUCCUCCAGGAAGAAAUUCCCAACAACUGGAUGAACAGAUGAACUACUCAAACUUGAUGCAGCCAAAAGUCCCAAGCAAGGUGAUAUCAACCAGAGAGAGAAUCAGCGAAUCCCCGUCGCCGAAUUCUGUCAAAAUGGUAAUUAAGAAUGGUGUCCUCAUGAGGAAGCAAAAGCAGAGGAGGUACAGAACUGAGAGACCUUUCACCUGUGAAUAUUGCUCAGCAAAGUUCACACUCAAGACUAAUAUGGAGAGGCAUAUAAAACAACAGCAUAAUGCCUUGUGGCAUCGGAGACCUAGAGGUGGUCAUUCGACAAGAGGUCGACCUCCAGCCAGACCUCAGUCGAGACCUCCAGGGCUGCUUCAAGAUGUAGGCCAGGCUUCUCAGGCCUUCCUAAAUAGAAGCUCUUCCUAUGAAGUUCCAUUGCAGAAAGAGAGUCAGUCUGAUUAUGGAAAACAUUCUAUUUCUGAUCAGGUGAAGUAUGCAAUCCUCGCUCAGCAACUAAAGGGAAACAGGGUAGAAGAAAAUGAAACUGACGAGGAAUUGAUCAUCGAUGAAGAACCUGGUGCAGAGACUCGAGAUCAUACAAAGACGAUGAGCUUGUUAAGGGGGAAGCUCGAAAGUAAUUCAGAUGCUAGAGAACAAAAUGAAGAUGACAUGCAUGCUCUUGAAAAUCCUUUGGAUCUCAAAAGCGAAGCACCAGAACAAAAAGAGGCUCCUUCUGAUGACGAAAACCCCGAAAAAAGAGGAGCUUCCGAAAGUGAGACGAAUUCUAAUGACGCGACUGAGUUGGAAACUCCAGCAAAUGAAGUAACCUUAAAAAAUGAAGACGAGGCUGUGGACCUAGCCAGUGUUCCCAAACUAAUUCACAACGCAUCUCAAAAUUACCACCAAUUCAAAUCUCAGUAUUUAAGUGACGAAGAUGGCGCUGCUCACUCCAACAGUGAUCACUCUGGAAACCAUUCGGGGAGUGAUGAGAAAUCGGAGAACUCUGCUAUUUCGACAUCCUCCAAGAGAAAAAAGAAGAAGAAGAAAAAGAAGGCUUCUGCCUACUCCAUGGCACCUAACAGGGUAGAGUGUAAAUACUGUAAACGAGCAUUCCCCUGGAUUUCUUCAUUAAGGAGGCACAUUCUCACUCACACUGGAGUCAAGCCAUACAGAUGUGAGCAUUGCAUGUUAGAUUUUACGACAAAAUCUAACUGCGAUCGUCACCUGAACCGAAAACACAAGAGCCUUCUUCAGCGAGCAAAUGCUAGAAGCACCAGAAAUUCUUCGUCUCCUGAUGGACAAGACAUCAGGGUGGCGAAUAACAAUAAUUUUUCGACGAGGAACGUUCCAGAGAGACCCUACAAGUGCAAUCAAUGUCCAAGUUCCACUUUCGCGACCUUGGGGAAUCUGAAGAAGCACAGGUCGACAAAACACUCCAGGGAGACGAAUUCUAGGUCUGAAACUUCAUCCAGUGAUCUUCAACAUUCUGACAACUGUCAGAAACAUAACGAUCAGAGUGGAGAUGACGGUGGAUCUUCGAGUUCAGAGAACAUGGAAAAUUCAUCUGCUGGAAUCGAGGUUUCGAAAUCUUGUCAAAACAGUUCCUCUACGAUGAAUGAGAAUCUAAGGUCCUGUAGAACUUCACCAAGGUCUUCACCUGGACCAACAGACACACCCUUCAAGUGUCAUAUUCCAAAUUGCGAUAAUGGGUUCGCUGAUCGCCAGGACUGCUUGGAUCAUAUCAAGAUGAAUCACGAGCGAGACUAUGAAAUCCUAGUUUCGAAGGGUGCUUUGCAGAUGGGGAUUCAUGCUGUUGAGGAACAACCGCCACCGACUCAGCACUCUAGCGAUGGACCCAGGUCCCUUGACUACAAAGAUAGAAAGGUGGUCUGUGCAUUCUGCAUGCGUCGAUUUUGGUCAGCCGAAGAUCUCCGACGUCACGUAAGAACCCACACAGGAGAAAAGCCCUUCUGGUGUGAUAUCUGCGACCGGAGAUUCACCCUAAAACAUAGUAUGCUUCGUCACCGGAAGAAGCACGAAGCAGCGGACUCGACAGUCUACCCUGGAAGCGGCGACGAGGAAAUUUCUCCAACCCACCCUUCUACAAUCACUCCUAGAAGUCAGCAGCAAUCACCAGCUCUAAUUGCAGUGACCUCAGGAAGUUCAAUGAGCCAUGAAAGGAUGUCCUUGCCAACAGUAGCGACUGUAGCUACCGGAGAUGCUGCACCUAGUGGACUAAUGAGGUUCAACCCCUACGAGAAACUGACAACUUUAACUGGGAAACUAUCCCAACAAAGCAACCCUGACGCCGCUGAAACUGGCAAUGACUUAAUUUCAAAUUUACUGGGCAUCAAAGAUCCAGGCAUUGUUGACAAAAUGCUUCUUGCAACUCCUGAUGACGCCGCAAAACUUUUGGGCGUCAAAGGCAACGAGUGAAGAACUCUUACUUUCUUCAGUUUAUUCUGUAAAAUUGCAGGAAUAGGUUCGUAAAGUAUCAGCUCUUUAGAAUUAAAUCUCUAUCAUACUAUCCCUUAAGGAUUAAAACUGUAAAAUAGUAUCUUUUUGAACCCUUAACUCAUCAGCUCUGUCAGGAUUGAAUCUUUAUUCUGUAAUAUAUAUUAGCUUUUUUAAAAUUACUUCUAUCUCGCUGUGUACACGCUCGUGCCUUAGAGAUUCUAUUUAAAUUCAAACACAGUUUUCAGCUGUGGAAAAUCUGUCAGUUGUAUUCCAAGUUGAAUAAUGGCUCUGAUAUUCUUUUUUUGAAAAAAAAAAAAAAAAAACAGGAUAGUGAAGAAUACAUAGCAAUGACUUAAUGUAAAAGUAGCUCUUAUAUGUAAAUAGACAGUGUGGGUGUAUUUACUACAUAAAUGUAUAUUACUAGAUGUAUUAUUAGGUGACUCCCUUUGCUUAGUUUACUACUGAAAGUAGUUUAAACAGUCAAAUUUCCGGUCACAAAUUUCCAAUAGUUUCGAUAGAAUUCGAAAUUUUACACAUUUGCCGACAGGGUUCACCAAAGCAUUUUUUAAGUCCAGAACUAAUUUUUAAAUUUUCUGUUUUCUAAAAAUUCUAAAAAGUUGCAUGCAGUUUGCGAAGUUGAUCAUUGCAAAUUGUAUGAAACAAGCAAAAAAAUAUUAAUACAAAAAUUAGAGAAAAAGAUUAUACAAUUUUUUUUUCAAUUUUGAUGAACCCUAAUAAGUUUUGAAGGCUCAGGUUUUACUGAUGCAUUAGGCUAAACUUAAUUGUGUGUGAGAAUUUAAAUGUAAAUAGAGCAUCGGCGUGUGAAAAAUUAGGUUAAAUGCGGUAGGUUCUUCUCGAAAGUUUCAUAAAACAACGAAUAGUGUAGAAAAAUAAGAAUAUGAAACUUUAACGAAGAAAGAGGAAAGCGAAAGAAAAAUUGUUUGAAGAAAAUCCUUCUUUCUAGAAAGGUUACUACGUCGUCCAAAAAGAAAUUAGGAAUUAGAAAAGACAUAAAGCUGGUUGUUAAGAUAGUCUCGCCAAGGAAGUUAAUAAAUCAUAGAAUUAUAAUCGAAGAAAGGCGAAAGAGUGAAAGAGAGAAAGAAGAUAGAAAGCAAACCAGAGGGCAAAUUAAUUUCUUCUCUGGGAUGUUAUAUUUGAAUCCAAAGAAACUUUUUAACGACAAAUUAAGGAUAGCCAUAUAUAAAUAUAAAUAUUAUAUUUCGGUUUUAUUUAUUAGUGUAUAAAUAGUCUUCGUGUCUUUUCAUGAAAGCAACGACUGCAAUUUAAGGUGCGUUUCUAACAAAGGUGAUCAGCACUAUUAUUUGUAAUUUAUUCUUAUUGAACCCAAAACGAGAAUUCAGUCAUAAAAAAUACGCUCUGCUAGGAUUAAGCCAUAGAAGUGUCUUUAAUUUAUCUUCUCGUAACGGGGCUCUUCAUUUCAAGAAAAAAAGCGUUUAAAAUGCUUUUAAAAAACUAUAUACUAAAUUAAAUAGAAUCGAAACUGAUCUUUUUUAGUAAAUAAGAGGCUGAAGGGCCCUAAAAUUACUGAUUGUCAGAUUAACUCUUUGGGACAGGCCACUAAUUGAAAAUUAAUUUUAAAAGAGGAGGAAAGUGUGCAAUAUAAAGGGGGUUUAGUUUUUUGAAAUCUGAUUCCGCGUUUAUCAAUAUUUGAUAUUUGACUAUUGUCCCAAAGGGUUGGUAAAAUCUUUUAUAAAAUUUUCGAAAUCGUGAAAUAAAAUGUAAUUCUCUCUUAAAAUUUAAAUAUAGUGAGCGUGAGGAUAUAGAGCAAUAUUUAAAAUGAAGGCAGAACAUAAAAAGCAGAGUUUAUUGCAUUUAAUCGAUUUAUAUUUUAUUAUCUAAAGAUCUAGUUGUAUUUAGAUAGCGUAAUUGUGCGUUUCGAAUUAUCUCACCUAGAUUUCGCAGUGUCCGAGGAUAUGAUAUUAUAAUGAUCGCAAUAAAUGCUAUAUAGAGUGCUAAGAUUGAUCUGUGAAAUCGAUGAAAAUGUAAAUAUAGUUGAAGUGAGUUGAAAACUUCCUAAUGCGAUCCCUCGCUUUUAUAUAUAAUAUAUUACUGAUGUGUAUAUUACACACGGUAUAUUAUAUGUAAAAGUCCAACCUCUCCCACUCUUUCUCUCAGUGAAACAUUAUUGAUUCCUUUAGUCGUGAUAAAAUCGCAGUGUCAUACGUUCUCGCCGUAAACACAUGAUUCUUCGUACAUUCCUACAUAGUUUAUUGCGCAAGAGGCAAAAGAAAAUCUAUGUAUUAAAAAAACUUUUUGAGAAUUUGUCUUGAGACGAGAGUAAAGCGAGCGUCUUAUAUUAUAAAUUAAUAAACAUUGUAACACUUGUAACGCAAGUCGAACGCAUUCUCGUUUGAGUUGUACUUAUGAAUUAUUAAAAUACACUGCAACUUUAAAAUUA